GACGUAGGAAGGGUUGGAGAAAGAUGUCUCAGUCUCAUGAAAAAACUCUGAUACUGAUCCAAAAAAUGGUGAAAGUGCCUCCACCAAAAGCACUUUUGUUGUUCAAUUCCUCAACCUAUGAGGGCCUUCAUCACACUCCUCACUCUAUCUCUUUCAUCUUAAACCAUCUCCUAUCCCAUGACAUGCUACCCCAAGCUCAAUCUCUUAUCUUGCGUCUAAUCUCUGGUCGAAUCCCCUUCUACACAUUCUCUCCCUCCUCCUUAAUACCUCAACUAACACAAGCCCAUUUCACCUCUUCUUCAACUUAUGCUCCUCUCUAUGAAACAAUUGUCAAUGCUUAUGUUCAUUCUCACUCCCCUGAUCAGGCCCUCACUUUUCUACACCAGAUGAUUCACAAGGGUCAUCUUCCUACAUCAAACACCUUCAACAAUCUUCUGUGCUCGCUCGUUAGGUCAAACUGUUUCGAUAAAGCUUGGUGGGUUUUUAACCAAUUCAAGAUUAAAGUUGUUAUGGAUGUCUACACAUUUGGGAUUAUGAUCAAAGGUUGUUGUGAGGUUGGUGACUUAAUGAAAGGGUUUCGGCUUGUGACCAUGUUGGAGGAGUUUGGUUUGUCUCCUAAUGUUGUUAUAUACACUACGUUGAUUGAUGGGUGCUGCAAGAAUGGAGAUGUCAUGCUGGCGAAGAAGUUGUUUUGCAAGAUGGAUAGGUUGGGUGUAGUUGCUAAUCAACAUACUUAUAGUGUCUUAAUGAACGGGUUUUUCAAACAAGGACUUCAAAGGGAAGGGUUUCAGAUGUAUGAGAAUAUGAAGCAAAGUGGAAUAGUGCCAAAUGUUUAUUCCUACAGCUGUGUGAUUGGAGAAUAUUGUAAUGGUGGGAUGGUGGAUAAAGCUUUUAAGGUGUUUGGUGAAAUGCGUGAGAAAGGUGUUAUGUGUGGGGUUAUGACAUAUAACAUUUUAAUAGGUGGGCUGUGUCGAGGGAAGAAGUUCGGUGAAGCAAUAAAGUUAGUUCAUCGAUUGAGCAAAGUUGGCCUCAGUCCUAACAUUGUUACAUACAAUAUACUGAUCAACGGUUUUUGUGGUGUUGGAAAAAUAGACACUGCUGUUAGAUUAUUCAGUCAAUUGAAGUCAAAUGGACUUUCACCAACUUUAGUAACCUAUAAUACUCUGAUUGCAGGGUAUUGUAAGGUUGAGAAUUUAACUGGAGCUCUUAGCUUGGUCAAGGAAAUGGAAGAGAGAUGUUUUGCUCCUUCCAAAGUGACAUAUACGAUUCUGAUUGAUGCUUUUGCAAGACUAAAUCAUAUGGAAAAAGCACGCAAAAUGCAUGCUUUAAUGGAGAAGUCUGGUUUGGUUCCAGACGUACACACAUACAGUGUCUUAAUACAUGGGUUAUGUAAAACUGGUAACAUGAAAGAAGCCUCAAAACUAUUCAAAUCAUUGGGGGAGCUGCAUUUCGAACCAAACAAUGUUAUAUUUAACAUGAUGAUUCAUGGUUACUGCAAAGAAGGAAGCUCUUACAGGGCUUUUAGGCUACUCAAUGAAAUGGUUCACAAUGGAAUGGUCCCCAAUGUGGCCAGUUUUUGCUCAACCAUAGGGCUUCUUUGCAAUGAUGGAAAGUGGAAGGAAGCAGAGUUUCUCUUAGAAAAGAUGAUAAAUUCAGGACUAAAGCCAACGGUUUCUUUAUACAAUAUGGUUUACAAAGAAAAGAUCAACGUUUAUAAAGCUUGGUGGGUUUUUAACCAAUUCAAGAUUAAAGUUGUUAUGGAUGCCUACACAUUUGGGAUUAUGAUCAAAGGUUGUUGUGAGGUUGGUGACUUAAUGAAAGGGUUUCGGCUUGUGACCAUGUUGGAGGAGUUUGGUUUGUCUCCUAAUGUUGUUAUAUACACUACGUUGAUUGAUGGGUGCUGCAAGAAUGGAGAUGUCAUGCUGGCGAAGAAGUUGUUUUGCAAGAUGGAUAGGUUGGGUGUAGUUGCUAAUCAACAUACUUAUAGUGUCUUAAUGAACGGGUUUUUCAAACAAGGACUUCAAAGGGAAGGGUUUCAAAUGUAUGAGAAUAUGAAGCAAAGUGGAAUAGUGCCAAAUGUUUAUUCCUACAGCUGUGUGAUUGGAGAAUAUUGUAAUGGUGGGAUGGUGGAUAAAGCUUUUAAGGUGUUUGGUGAAAUGCGUGAGAAAGGUGUUAUGUGUGGGGUUAUGACAUAUAACAUUUUAAUAGGUGGGCUGUGUCGAGGGAAGAAGUUCGGUGAAGCAAUAAAGUUAGUUCAUCGAUUGAGCAAAGUUGGCCUCAGUCCUAACAUUGUUACAUACAAUAUACUGAUCAACGGUUUUUGUGGUGUUGGAAAAAUAGACACUGCUGUUAGAUUAUUCAGUCAAUUGAAGUCAAAUGGACUUUCACCAACUUUAGUAACCUAUAAUACUCUGAUUGCAGGGUAUUGUAAGGUUGAGAAUUUAACUGGAGCUCUUAGCUUGGUCAAGGAAAUGGAAGAGAGAUGUUUUGCUCCUUCCAAAGUGACAUAUACCAUUCUGAUUGAUGCUUUUGCAAGACUAAAUCAUAUGGAAAAAGCACGCAAAAUGCAUGCUUUAAUGGAGAAGUCUGGUUUGGUUCCAGACGUACACACAUACAGUGUCUUAAUACAUGGGUUAUGUAAAACUGGUAACAUGAAAGAAGCCUCAAAACUAUUCAAAUCAUUGGGGGAGCUGCAUUUCGAACCAAACAAUGUUAUAUAUAACAUGAUGAUUCAUGGUUACUGCAAAGAAGGAAGCUCUUACAGGGCUUUUAGGCUACUCAAUGAAAUGGUUCACAAUGGAAUGGUCCCUAAUGUGGCCAGUUUUUGCUCAACCAUAGGGCUUCUUUGCAAUGAUGGAAAGUGGAAGGAAGCAGAGUUUCUCUUAGAAAAGAUGAUAAAUUCAGGACUAAAGCCAACGGUUUCUUUAUACAAUAUGGUUUACAAAGAAAAGAUCAACGUUUAGAAUGCCGAACAUGGUUUAGAUCGUCAGGGCCUGUCCCCGAAGGCCACUACUUUAACUGGGUUAGUAAUGACAUAGUGCCGUGUACUCUUUUAUAGCAGGCUAAACUUUCUACAUCCCGCAAAUGUAUUCAUUCAUCUUGGAAUGCAUCUUUUACAUUUAAAAGAAGUUCAUUUCAAAAUAACUGAAAGUACUCAAAAAAUUGAUAGAGCGCUGGAAAAAACACCCUUUAUAGCAUGUCAGCCAUAUGUUCUACACCACAAUUGGCCUAGGAACUCCCCAAAACAACACGGAUCUAGCCAUUGAUCUUGGAGGAGAGAACCUCUGGCACGACUGCAGCACAAAAUGCUAUAAUUCUUCCUCCAACCGUAAAGUUGUUUGUGAGUCAAAGAAAUGCCCCAAAAACGCUUCAUCCAUUGCCACUGGCUGCAUUGACACUUAUAAACCAGUGCACUUGAGAGAGCAAUUGGCUUCAGUAUGAGCUGGAUGAGAUGAUUGGCAGAAUUGGAGAAAGUGCAGCUGCUGUGAAGGCUUGCAAGCCUGCUGCCACGCUGGAUAACUGAAGUCAAAGCUGUCUAUUUGUAUUGUGCUUAGUUGUCAAGCUUACCUGGACAAGCGGUCAAAGAACUCUAAGAGGCAAAUUUAAGAAGCUGGCUGACUUGUUACCUGGAAAAACUGAAGCAGAAGCAUACUGUGAGGACUGAUUGCACGGGAAGCUAACUUGUUCUUGGCACUAAGCUGACCUGCUAUAGACAGUAUCUUGGUAGUUGAUUAGUUACUUAGGUAGUUAGCUAUAUAAGGACUGUAAUAGAGGUAUUAGAAACGUGACACUACAUAUUUAGACACUCUUACAUUCUGCAUUUUACAGCUUUUCUUAGAGUAGAACGUUUUCUCUCAAGUUCUUUAUUUGUUUUUCUACUCACGUUAUUGACGAUCUAUAUUGGCUCUGCUCUAUUGUUGAGGUUUUUAACGAAAUCAUCAUAGCUCCCAACAGUAGACGCUGGCCAGGGUUUGGAUCGUCAUGGCCUGUCCCCGAAGGCCCUGUUCUUUAACUGGGUUAAUAAUGACAGUGCUGCGUAGUCUCUUUUAUAACAGCCUAAACUUUCUACACCCCGCAAAUGUAGAAGAAGUUCAUUUCAAAAUAAACGAAAAUACUCAAAAAAUUGAUGUGGCGCUGGAAGAAACACCCUUUAUAGCAUGUCAGCCAUAGCCAAUGGGAGGGAUCGUUUAUAUUUGAUGAGACAUGGCAGGGUAGGUUGUUGGGAUUUUAAUUUCAUAUCCAGGGAUCUUUAGUUCGCAGAUCUACCCAUUUUGACAAAAAAGUAUGGUCAUUAAGAUUAUACCUACACAUUGGAAGUGCUUUGCUAUUAAAACCUAGUCCACAUUUUGAACGGCGCAGAGCAAUCCCUUUAGCUAAUGCUCACAGUGGCUCCAUCUUCUCCUCCUGCAGUCAUUCAUUUCAUCCUCCUCUCGGUAACCCUUCUCUCAGUUUCCUGUCUACCCUUACCACUUGAAUCGACAUCCAAAGCAAAAACCCCUCGUCUUGCCAAUUAAGAAAGACCCAGAAACCAAUGUGUUCUACACCACAAUUGGCCUAGGAACUCCCCAACACAACACAGAUCUCGCCAUUGAUCUUGGCGGAGAGAACCUCUGGCACGACUGCAGCACAAAACGCUACAACUCUUCCUCCAAGUGUAUAGUUGUCUGAGUCAAAGAAAUGCCCCUAAAACGCUUCAUGCAUUGCCACUGGCUGCAUUGGCCCUUAUAAACCAGGUUGUGCAAUCAACGAUUGUGUUAUGACAAUGAGCAACCCAUUAGGUCAAUUCAGAACCAGCAAUUCAAUGGUCGAGGACGUGAUAUCCUUGCCUCCCACAUACGUACCUGGCUUUCUUGCUGGCUGCGUUGAUCUGGAUGUUGACAUCUCUGACCGUGCUUUGCAAGGUUUACCCAAAAGAACCAUAGGGAUCGUAGGCUUUUCACGGUCAAAACUUUCAUUUCCAUCACAACUUGUUUUGGCUAAUAAGCUUCCUCCCAUCUUCUUUCUCUGCUUCCCUUCAAAUAACUUGAAAGGAUUUGGUAAGAUCUUCAUUGGAGCUGCUGCUGGUGGCCAUUCUCAACUUGAAUCCAAGUUUCUCCAAAACAUCGCCCUUGUUGUCAACCCCGUUGCCACUACUGCUGUGUCUAUAGAGGUGCGCCCUCUAUCGAAUACUUCAUUGAUGUGAGAUCAAUAAAGAUCGAUGGCCAUGUUGUCAACUUAAACCCUUCUCUGCUGUCCAUUGACAAGAAUGGAAAUGGGGGUACGAAAAUCAGCACUGUGACUCCAUGGACUGAAUUGCAUAGUUUUCUCUACAAACCUUUUGUGCAAGAUUUUGUGAAGAAGGCAGCAGGAAGGAGAAUGAAGAGAGUGGCAUCAGAGGCACCGUUUGAUGCAUGCUUCGAUUCAAGCACCAUUGAGAAUUCUGUCACUGGUCUGGUUGUGCCAGUCAUUGACCUGGUGCUAGCUGGGGGAGUGGAGUGGAGUAUUCAUGGAGCCAAUUCCAUGGUGAUGGCAGGCAAAAAUGUUGCGUGUCUUGCAUUUGUAAAUGGAGGGAUGAAAGCAAAACUGUCUUCUGUUGAAACAUCUAUUAUUGAGGGGCAUCAGUUAGAGGACAAUCUUUUGGUGAUUGAUGAGGCUUCGUCAAGAUUAAGCUUUAGCUCCUCUCUUUUACUUCGAAACGUAACGUGCUCCCAUGUUUAAAUCGUGUUCUACAACAUUAAAAGCACAGGAGUUAUCUAUCACUCAUUGUCUGUCUUUUACGUCGUACUGUACAUCUUUGUAUACUAAUAAAGGCUCGUGGUUUUU